GGCUGGAUGAGGCGCUGAAGUGAGCAGCUGCCGCGGAAUGUGAGGAAUCCGAGCGUCCGUCCGCCAGCCCCGCCGCCCGCCCUCCCUCCGUCGCUCCCUGCCGUUGGCUGCUCGUCUCUCCUCUGCCCGCACAUCCAGCGAACGGACGGCGGCCGCCUGUCUCCGCAGCUCCUCGCCUCCCUCCCCGUGGAAGACGGUUGAUCAAGGAAAAGAAAAUGUCUCAAGCUGAGAAGAUGAAGCAGGGCCAGUUUACCAACCCAGAGACUCCAGGUUAUGUUGGAUUUGCCAAUCUGCCAAACCAGGUUCACCGCAAGUCGGUCAAGAAAGGGUUUGAGUUCACCCUCAUGGUUGUGGGUGAAUCUGGACUCGGGAAAUCCACCCUGAUCAACAGCCUCUUCCUCACAGACCUUUACCCCGAGAGAGUCAUCCCUGGAGCUGCAGAGAAGAUAGAAAGGACGGUGCAAAUCGAGGCGUCGACGGUGGAGAUCGAGGAGAGAGGAGUGAAGCUCCGUUUGACGGUGGUGGACACACCAGGAUAUGGAGAUGCCAUCAACAGCCAGGACUGUUUCAGCACCAUCAUCAGUUACAUCGAUGACCAGUUCGAGCGUUAUCUCCACGAUGAAAGCGGCCUGAAUCGCAGACACAUCGUUGACAACAGAGUUCACUGCUGCUUCUACUUCAUUUCCCCUCUCGGCCACGGCCUGAAACCUCUAGACGUCCAGUUCAUGAAGGCCAUUCAUAACAAGGUGAACGUGGUUCCGGUCAUUGCUAAGGCCGACACCCUCACCCUCAGAGAGCGGGAGAGGCUGAAGCGCCGGAUUCUGGAUGAGAUUGAUGAGCACGGGAUCAAGAUCUAUCACCUUCCUGAUGCUGAGUCAGAUGAAGAUGAAGACUUCAAAGAGCAGACCAGGAUCCUCAAGGCUAGCAUCCCCUUCGCAGUGGUUGGUUCCAACCAGCAGAUUGAGGCCAAAGGCAAGAAGGUGAGGGGCCGCCUGUACCCGUGGGGGGUGGUGGAGGUGGAGAACCCCGAGCACAACGACUUCCUCAAGCUUCGAACCAUGCUGAUAACCCACAUGCAGGACCUGCAGGAGGUGACCCAGGACCUGCACUAUGAGAACUUCCGCUCAGACCGCCUCAAGCGGGGUGGCAGGUUGUCCUCCCAUGGUUAUGUUCUGCCUCUGUCUCCUGCAAAGGCACCAGAGCCGGAGGAGAUGGACAAGGACAUGAUCCUCCAGGAGAAGGAGGCUGAGCUGAGGAGAAUGCAGGAGAUGAUUGCGAAGAUGCAGGCUCAGAUGCAGAAGACGGGAGAUGAAUGAGACGCUGGGCGUGGGCCGUCCUCGUGUCUGUUCUCUGGGCAGGUGGCGUGCUGCUGAUGGACGCUGCUGACCUUCUCAGCUCAUCCCUCUUGUUUGAAGUUAUUUUUUUACAUAGUUACUUCCUUUCAAACAGUAUUAUAUUUCUGUAGCGGCAUAUCAGCCCUGUUUUUUUUUUUUUUAUUAAACCUUUCCACACCGCAUGAGACCCACUUAUGAAAAUGAAUCGUUUACUGGGAAAUUCUGAAACCUUUAUUGUUGUAAAAAGCAUUGGGAGAAUCAGUUACCAAACCCAUUCCUCACAGAUCUGUUUGUAGUUCCUCUGAGUAGCUCCUGAUCUGCUCUGUAGCCCGUUUUCCUGGAUGAACCAGCAGACGUGGAGAUGGCUGCGCUCCGGUUCCUCCUCCUUCCUUGCAUUCAUUAGUGCCAUUUCCAGACCAGUGUUCAGAUGUGAAACUGCCUUCCUAAAACCCCUCGGUUGACGGGGAGACCGGCGAGGACCAAUCCCCGUGGGGUUCUGGCACCCCGACUCCUCCUCAGCAUGACGCCUGCUGCAGCGCCGUGAGCCUGAAAUGAUUCCAGCUGCUGUUUUCACCACCAAACGUUUCCCUCACCAGCCCAGACGCCACUUCCUGACAGACGUUUUUAUCCAACAUUUAAGUAUCAAAUGUUCUUGGUGCAUUUAUUACAAUACAAAUGUUUUAUUAAACUUGAUCCUGA